AUGGCCACCCCAGAUGACUCCUUCGACCCAGCCACAAUAGAACGGGAGAGCGACCAGGUCGAUGUGUGUAUAGUAGGCGGAGGCCCGGCAGGUCUCUCUGCCGCCAUCCGCUUGAAACAACUUGCCAACGAAGCCGGCAACGAGGAUUUCCGAGUCCUGCUCCUCGAGAAGGCCGGCGAGCUCGGCGCCCACAUCCUUUCCGGCGCUGUCAUCCAGCCCAACGCCGUCGAGGAGCUCUUCCCAGACUGGCUGGCCGAGGACAACGAGUCGCGCUUCGACGGCGCCACACCAGCCGGCAACGACCACAUGCGCUUCCUGACCAAGUCCAUGUCGGUUCCGCUCCCUGCCCCGCCGCAAAUGCACAACAAGGGCAACUACAUCCUCAGCCUGAACCAGUUUACAAAGUGGCUGGGCGACCGCGCCGAAGAGGUCGGCGUUGAGGUCUACCCUGGCUUUAGUGCUAGCGAGGUGCUGUACAAGCCGGAUGGGAGCGUCCUGGGCGUCGCCACUAACGACCUGGGCAUCGGUCGAACCGGGAAGCCCAAGGAUACGUUCGAGCGCGGCAUGGAGUUCCACGCGCGUGUCACCAUGUUUGGCGAGGGCUGUCACGGCAGCCUGAGCAAGCAGGUCAUGAAGAAGUUUGACUUGCGCAGCGACUCACAGCCGCAGACGUACGGGCUGGGUGUCAAGGAGGUGUGGGAGGUGCAGCCGGAGAAGUUCAAGAAGGGCGACAUCACACACUCGCUCGGUUAUCCACUACCUUACGACACAUACGGAGGUGGGUGGAUGUACCACUUUGGCGACAAUCUGGUGUCCAUCGGGCUGGUCACGGCGCUGGACUAUCCAAACCCAUGGAUGAGCCCGUAUCAGGAGUUCCAAAAGAUGAAGAAGCACCCGCUGUAUGCAUCGGUGCUUGAAGGUGGCAAGUGCAUAUCGUACGGUGCGCGCGCGCUCAUCGAGGGUGGCUUCCAGUCCAUCCCGAAGGUCGCAUUCCCCGGCGGCGCGCUCAUCGGCGACUCGGCCGGCUUCGUCAACGUGCCCAAGAUCAAGGGCACGCACAACGCCAUGAAGUCGGGCAUGCUGGCCGCCGAGGCCGCGUGGACCGCGCUGAGCAACAACGCCGACGAGGGCUCCGUCUUCCUGUACGACUACGAGGCCAGCCUGCGCGAGAGCUACAUCUGGAAGGAGCUGAAGGAGGUGCGCAACCUGCGGCCGUCCUUCCACACGCCGCUGGGCCUGUACGGCGGCGUCAUGUGGUCCGGGAUCGACACGUUCCUGCUCAAGGGCCGCGUGCCCUGGACAUUCAAGCACAAGGUCAUGGACCACGCGGCGACCAAGCCCGCCGACAAGUGCACCAAGAUCGAGUACGAGAAGCCCGACGGCAAGCUCACCUUCGACAUCCUCACCAGUGUCAGCCGCACUGGGACCAACCACGAGGAGGACCAGCCCGUGCACCUGCAGGUCAAGGACUGGGAGAAGCACACCGCCGAGACGUGGCCGCCGUUCAAGGGCCUCGAGAACAGGUUCUGCCCUGCCGGCGUGUACGAGUACGUCGAGGACGCGUUGAAGCCCGAGGGCGUGAGGUUCCAGAUCAACGCGCAGAACUGCAUACACUGCAAGACAUGCGACAUCAAGGCGCCCAACCAGGAUAUCAACUGGCAGGUCCCUCAGGGUGGCGAGGGCCCUAAGUACUACAUGACAUAG